GUGUUGAUUGUGAGUACAGGUGAUACAGUGGUGACUCGACCCCGAUAUAAGCACCGGAGUGUUGUGGUGCCGAAAGGCCACUGUUGGGUCGAAGGGGACAACGCCGACAAGUCUAUGGACAGUUUUAAUCAAUACGUUUGGAUGCGUGCCGUUGGGACUGAUAUCUGCGAUAUGUCUGUACAUAAUAUGGCCGCCGAAGAGGUGGACCAAAGUGGAGACCGCGAUGCCUACGGAUCGGUCGACUGUUAUGUUUCCCAACGAUCG